AUGGGUGAUAAAGAGAAAAAUCAGUAUAGUCUAUGGAAUUCGGAAGAAACCAAAGUUUUGAUACAACUACUUGUGGAGGGAAUUCAACGGGGAUGGCGGGACAGUAAUGGUAUAAUGAACAAAGCAACAGUGGAACAUAAAAUUCUACCGGUUCUAAACAAAAGAGUUGGAUGCCAAAAAACCCACAAGCAUUACUUAAGUAGAAUGAGGUUUUUGAAGACUCAAUAUCAGUGCUAUGUGGAUCUUUUAAACAAUAGUUCAGGCUUUGGAUGGGAUCCUAUCAUGAAAAGAUUUGUGGCUUCCAAUGAAGUAUGGAAUGACUAUUUGAAGGGACAUCCAAAUCACAAAUUCUUAAGAUAUGAUUCCAGUGAACAGUUUGAUGAUUUGAAAAUCAUAUUUGAUUGUGCAACUGCUAAUGGUAGUUCUUCAAUUGGAUUGGGUGAUACUACGGACGCUCGCACCUUUACAAUUGGUGACAGUCAAGGGCAAGAAAACUUGAACUUUGAGAACAUCAAUGAUGAUGCAUAUGCUCAGCAACCAUCUCCAGAAUGUGUUGUCAAAAGGCGUGCAGAAAAACUUGUCUCGAGAAAACGAUCUCGAACGGAAGCAUCUAGCAGUUCAGUUGAGAUAAACACUGAUCAAAGUGAUGCUAUGGUAGUGAUAACCAGCAAGAUCCUUACUUUCAUAACACAGAGAGAAGAAAGGCAACAAAAAGAAGUUGAGAAAAGAGAAGCUCAAAAGAAGAAAAACAGUGUUUGGGAUACUAUGAAAGAGGUUCUUAAUUUGGAUCAGAAUAUCAAAUUUAAAGCAGUGACUCUUAUCUAUUCCUUAGGGAUGAAAGAUGUCUUCACUGAUAUGUCCAUAGAAGAACGUCAUGGUUGGAUCCAAAGCAAUAUCAACUCCGCUUGA